GGUAACAUAUUUUACCACGCUAGGGGGUUUUCCACGUUCAAUUAUACACGAAAGCUAGCUAACAACACAGGUUUGGGUGUGAAAAACUGAAACCGGUGAAACGGUAAAUUCAGGCUGAGCUAUUGAAGAGUUAAGUUGAAUCAUACUGAAAGGAAAAUGGAAACCUCUGAAGGAAGAUUUGGUGAUGCCCACUUCCCACAAAUUGACCUCAGUAACAAAUUGAUAAUCAAAGUUCAAAUAGGUGAUGAUAUCAGACGGAUACCAAUUCACAAUGAAGAUAUUACGUACGAUGAACUUAUUCUAAUGAUGCAACGUGUAUUUCGUGGGAAACUCAACAGUACGGAUGAAGUUGUAGUCAAGUACAAAGAUGAAGAUGGAGAUCUCAUUACAAUUUUUGACAGUUCAGACUUGUCUUUUGCAAUACAAUGUAGCAAUAGAAUUCUUAAGUUGACAUUAUUCGUGAAUGGACAACCUAGACCAAUUGAAAGCGAUCAAGUGAAGCACAUACGCCAAGAGUUAGCUCAUAUAAGAAACAAGGUUCUUCAACUGAUGGACUCCCUGGAGCCACCUUCAGUAGACAAAACACAAGCUCCGGUAGUUGAACCAACACAUGUAUCUGAAUUAUCGGUACCAAAAGCAGUGAACGUGAGCAGCGAGCAAACUGCUAUGUUCGACCCGUAUAAACAAAGCUCAGAUGCUGUUGCUUCUUCUUUUUACGGGGACAAAGGAGAGCAGCCAGAGAGGGCGCCAUCACCAACUGAUAGCACCUCCAGCUUGGGCUCAUCAUCUAGCAACCAAGUGAGACAGCAGCAGCAGAAGCAGCAACCGAUGAUGCAACCUCCACAGCCACAACAAGCUACUGCACCUCAACAAAUUUCACAAUCAAGUCCUUACUCUGCUGGGGUUACACAGGCUCCAAUUGCAGCUCAACCUGGAUACUCUACCGCAGGAUACCCUCAACCAGCACAGCAAACCCAACCAUCACAAACAUCACAGCCAGCAAUGCAACCGCAGGCUGGUUACCGCCCUCAACAACCCCAAGGUUAUGCUGCCACCACACAACAGCAGAACUACCAACCUCAGUAUGGCUCUCAGCAAACCCCUCAGCAAAUGCCCACCCCUAACUUUCCACAAGCUAAUCAACAGGCCUCAAACCAAGCAAUGUAUACUCAGUCGUACAGCCAAGUGCCACCACAAGGCCAAGACAUGUACCAACAACAACAACAACAACCAGGAUAUGCGGUGCAACCACCCACGGGUGGUCCGAAUAAUCCGUAUGCUAGGAAUUUACAAUAUGGUAGACCGUGCAGCUACCAGCAACCUGGACCGGGAUAUAAGUAAAAUAAUGUAAUUCAGCUUAUUGUGAUUAUUAACAAUUUGUAAAAUUUCUGUGUUUGAAACCUUGUGAAAGAUAACUCAACAAGUGAUUGUUUUCAAACAUUACUGCUCUGAAAUGUUACAGAGUAGGAGUAGUGUGUUCUUGUUAUUAGUGUCAGUAAACUGUACAUAUUUUGAAAAAAAAAGUAUUUUCCUCUACAAAAUAUAAAUCAUCACACUUUGGUAUUCUAGUAGAAAUACUGAUCAUAAUGACAUUUAUCGAAUUAUUAUUCAUAAUGUAAUGUGCUUUGUAUUUCCCUCUUUCAAAGAUGAAACCGAAGACAUUAUUUUAUAGCCUCGAGGAAAUCUUGUACGCAGAAAAAUUUAAUUCAUAUUAGAUAAUUUACAUAUUAAAAACCUUACUGUCACAUGCAAUUUGAUCCUGCAUUCCAUGGCAGCUAAGUGUUAUCUAGUAUCACUAUACACAGAAAAAAAUUGUCAUGCUGCAAUAGAUUACGCUAAUAAUUCUAUGGCAAGGCAUCCUACCAGGUACCCAUUUAUGUUCCUGGGUGAAGAGACAAAUAAAGUGCCUAGUGAGAGAUUUGAACCACCAUCCUCAAGGAUGCAACAGCAAUUGUUACACGACUACAAGUAUAGCUCGGUUUCCAUGCAAUCGCUCACCCUAUCGGCGACAGUGGCCGACAGUUGUCGGGAAGGUUGAACCUGGCUGACUGACAAAUCGGGGUAACUGUCGCCAAUAGGGUGAGCGAUUGUAUGGAAACCAAGCUUAUUGCUUGUAAUGAUAAGAAUGGAGAUUGGCUUAAACGUUUUUAAAUAGACAAUAUAACUCUAUUUGUCCUUAUAUAUUUAUCUACAGAGCCUUAUAUAAGAAUAUUUACUACUGUUUUCAGUUGCAAUGUUGGCUUAGCUGUUCAUGUUCUGUUUUCACAGGAUAGAAUGGGUGAUUCCGGCACUAAAUAUUUCUAUAGAAUAUAAAUCCUCUCCCUACUUUUCAUAUAACUAAACCCAAUUUUAUUACUUAAAACUAGAUAUAUAAGGUGUUGUUCACAAUUAUCAACAUUUUCACAAGUGUACAAACAGUACUCUUUUUUGGUACCCCCUCCCUCCCCUCUGUUUGAUUUGGCAAACCAUUCUUCUCUAUUUUUUUGUGAAGCAAUGUACUUGGUUGCUUAAAUAUGAAUAUUAUAUCCAUUUUUACAUUAUAAUUUUACCAUUAAUUUGCAUGUAAGAGUGUAUACAUUUUUCUACCCCCUCCACCCUAGUGUUCUGUUUGUACACUUUUGAAAAUGUUGAUAACAUUGAACGACCCUUAAUAAUACUGUAUAUAUAAUCAUAGUGGUACAGUACAACCAUUUUUUUGUAGCUUCUGUUUUUUUUUUUAUAUAUAUAUAAACGGUAAGAGAAUGUAAAUUAUCAAAUCUUCCAAAAAUGGUUUUAUUUUCUCCAAAC